AUGAGUUCGAAUUCAACUUUCUUUGGUAUCAUAUUCAGCUAUUGGAAAUCAAGAACACCAGCCGAAAGAUUCCUUAGGGAUGUCAAUGGAGCCUGGAUUGGCCGUGUUGUUUACUCUCCGACUUCAAAUAUUGGAGAUACUGAUUAUCAAUCAAUAAACGUUACAUUUAACACAGAAGAAUCAAGAGGAUUCUCAUCAAUAGCUGCAUCUUCACCCGAUAAAUCAAUUGAUAGCCAGUAUUUCUUCAAAAUCGAAGAUAAUAACCAAUCAAUGCUCUCAAUUACAAACAGAUUUGACGAAGAAGUCGCAUUAUUUAAGUUAAACUAUACCGAUGGUGUAUUUACAAUUCGUGGUCGGUUUAUUCCAUCAAAUGACGCAUUAACUGGCUUAUUUAAGGGAAGAAACAUGAUGUUCACAAUAACAGAUCAGUUUACAGACAAUAUUACAACUAUUUUGCUCGAAUCAACCACUCAAGAAAAUAUUUUCCAUUAUUACUAUCAUAUUUUCUUGUUCAUCAUGGUAUUAGUAGCUAUUUCGGCAGGACUUUACAAGAUGUCUGAUUUAUCAGAUAUUAUUAAACCAGAUGAAGCCCAAUACACUCAAAUGGUUAAGCUUCAAGCCCAGCGCGAUGCAAAGAUCAAAGAAGCUCGCGAAUUAUUAAAGAAGAUGGAAGAGGAAGAAGCCAAACGUAAAGCCCAAGAAGAAGAAGGAAAAAUUAAAACUGAAUAA